GUCAUUUAGCUACAAUCUGUUGUUCUUAUUGAAUGAGAAAGAUCAGAAUGAAGCUAAUCAUCGCUUUCGCUGCCGUCAUCGUUGCUAUCAACGCUGCUUCUGAUCAGGAGUUGUGGGCUGAUUUCAAAAAAACGCAUGGAAAAACCUACAAGAGCCUGAGAGAAGAAAAACUUCGCUACAACAUCUUCCAAGAUACCCUCCGUCAAAUCGCUGAACACAAUGUCAAAUACGAAAAUGGCGAGUCCACCUACUACCUAGCCAUCAACCAGUUCUCCGACAUGACAGACGAAGAGUUCAAAGCCAUGCUGCUGAAAAACAAGGCCUCAAAGCCCAGCUUGGAGGGUUUGGAGGUAGCCAAUUUGACAGUGGGAGCUGCCCCAGAAUCCAUCGACUGGAGGACGAAGGGAGCUGUUCUUCCUAUUAGAGAUCAAGGACAAUGUGGAAGUUGCUGGGCAUUCAGUACCGUGGCUUCCGUCGAAGGUCAAGCAGCAAUCAAAAGCGGUUCUCAGAUUCCCCUGAGUCAACAACAGCUGGUCGACUGUGCAACCUACGAAUACCACAACUCAGGUUGUGAUGGCGGUUACAUGCUCAGAGGAUUCGAAUACAUUCGAGAUCAUAGUCUGGAGAGCGAAGCUGAUUAUCCGUACACAGCGAGAGACGAAAGAUGCAAAGCAAACGAUAGAAGGAAAGGCAUUGUAGAAUUGACCGGAUACAAAACAGUCCCUGCUACAGAGGAAAGCCUGAAAGAGGCUGUUGGUACAAUUGGACCAAUCUCAGUCGCUGUCAAUUCUAUUCCAUGGAGACAUUACGGUGGUGGAGUUUUCAACAACAAUGCAUGCACUGGCUUAGAACUCGACCACGGUGUCACUGCUGUAGGAUACGGAACCGAAAACGGACUGAAAUUUUGGCUUGUCAAAAACUCCUGGGGCACUGGUUUUGGAGAAUCAGGUUACAUCCGUAUUAUUCGUGACUCAACCCACAAUUGUGGUGUGGAGAAGGAUGCUAGUUAUCCCAUUCUUGCAUAAACCAUGUAACACGAAAAUAUAUUGAGAUAGUUAUCAUC